AUGUUCUUCUUGUGGUUGUUGAUCGUGACGAUCAGUGUUCUUCUUGUAGUUGUUGAUCGUGACGAUCAGUGUUCUUCUUUGUGGUUGUUGAUCGUGACGAUCAGUGUUCUUCAUGUAGUUGCUGAUCGUGACUAUCAUGUUCUUCUUGCGGUUGUUGAUCGUGACGAUCAGUGUUUUCUUGUGGUUGUUGAUCGUGACGAUCAGGGUUCUUCAUUGUUCUUCUUGUGGUUGUUGAUCGUGACGAUCAGUGUUCUUCUUGUGGUUGUUGAUCGUGACGAUCAGUGUUCUUCUUGUGGUUGUUGGUCGACGAUCAGUGUUCUUCUUGUGGUUGCGUUGAUCGUGACGAUCAGUGUUCUUCUUGCGGUUGUUGAUCGUGACGAUCAGUGUUCUUCUUGUGUGUUCUUCUUGUGGUUGUUGAUCGUGACGAUCAGUGUUCUUCAUGAAGUUGUUGAUCGUGACGAUGUUGUGUAUUUCUUCUUGUGGAUGUUGAUCGUGACGAUCAGUGUUCUUCUUAGGUUGUUGAUCGUGACGAUCAGUGUUCUUCUCUUGUUGGUCGUGACAAUCAGUGUUCUUCUUGAUUUGAUCGUGACAAUCAGUGUUCUUUCUUGUGAAUUGUUGAUCGUGACGAUCUGCGUUCUUCUUGUAGUUGUUGAUCGUGACGAUCAGUGUUCUUUCUUGCGAUCGUUGUUGGUCGUGACGAUCAGUGUUCUUCUUGUGGUUGUUGAUCGUGACGAUCAGUGUUCUUCUUUUGUUGACGCACGAUCAGUGUUCUUCUUGUGGUUGUUGGUCGUGACGAUCAGUGUUCUUCUUGUGGUUGUUGAUCGUGACGAUCAGUGUUCUUCUUUGUUCUUCUUGCGGUUGAUUGUGACGAUCAGUGUUCUUCUUAGUUGUUGGUCGACGAUCAGUGUUCUUUUGUGGUUGUUGAUUGUUGACGAUCAGUGUUCUUGGAUUGACGAUCAGUGUUCUUUGUUGUUGAUCGUGACGAUCAGUGUUCUUCUUGUGGAUGUUGAUGACGUUGUUCUUGUACGAUAUGACGAUUCUUCUUGUGUGUUCUUCUUGUUGUUGAUCAUGACGAUCAGUGUUCUUCUUGUGGUUGUUGAACGCGACGAUCAGUGUUCUUCUUGGUUGUUGACGAUCAGCGUUCUUCUCGUAGUGGCUGAUCGUGACGAUCAAUGUCUUGUGUUCUUCUUGUGGUUGUUGAUCGUGACGAUCAGUGUUCUUCUUGUGGUUGUUGAUCGUGACGAUCAGUGUUCUUCUUGUGGUUGUUUGAUCGUGACGAUCAGUGUUCUUCUUGUGGUUGUUGAUCGUGACGAUCAGUGUUUCUUCUUGUGGUUGUUGAUCGUGACGAUCAGUGUUCUUCUUACGGUUGUUGAUCGUGACGAUCAGUGUUCUUCUUUGUUCUUUCUUGUGAAUUUGUUGAUCGUGACGAUCAGUGUUCUUCUUGUGGUUGUUGAUCGUGACGAUCAGUGUUCUUCUCGUAGUUUGCUGGAUCGUGAUAUCAGUGUUCUUCUUGUAGUUGUUGAUUGUGACGACUGUUCUUCUGUUCUUUCAGUUUGUUGGAUUGUGACGUCAGUGUUCUUGUGGUUGUUGAUCGUGACGAUCAGUGUUCUUCUUGUAGUUGUUGAUCGUGACGAUCAGUGUUCUUUCUUGUGGUUGUUGAUCGUGACAAUCAGUGUUCUUCAUGUAGUUGUUGAUCGUGACGAUCAGUGUUCUUCUUGUGGAUGUUGA